AUGCUACAUUUAACUCAGAUCUUCAGAUCUAAAAACUUUGCCCAAUUCGACUACGGGAAGAAGCAGAACUACGAGAUCUACAAUGACAAGAAUGCUCCAGACUAUCCACUUGACAAAGUCACAAGUCCAGUCGCCCUCUUCUACAGUGACCAAGACGCCUUUGUUGAUGAAUCGUCGAUUGAGAGACUUACGAGAGCACUGCCCAACGUGGUUAUAACAGCUUCUAUCCCGAACUAUAACCACAUCGAUGUCUUGUUUGCUGACAACGCUCCGGCAGUCCUCUUCCAGCCGAUUCUCAAACUGUUGACCGUCUAG